AUGGCGCUCGCGGAGGGGAACGACGCGGUCGUCUUCAGCGAGGAGCAGGAGGCGCUGGUGCUCAAGUCCUGGGCCAUCAUGAAGAAGGACUCCGCCAACCUGGGCCUCCGCUUCUUCCUCAAGGUCUUUGAGAUCGCGCCGUCGGCGAAGCAGAUGUUCUCGUUCCUGCGCGACUCCGACGUGCCGCUGGAGAAGAACCCUAAGCUCAAGACGCAUGCCAUGUCCGUCUUUGUCAUGACUUGCGAGGCGGCGGCGCAGCUUCGCAAGGCCGGGAAGGUCACCGUGAGGGAGACCACUCUCAAGAGGCUGGGCGCCACGCACUUGAAGUACGGCGUCGCAGAUGGCCACUUUGAGGUGACGGGGUUCGCGCUGCUUGAGACGAUCAAGGAGGCGCUCCCUGCUGACAUGUGGAGCCUCGAGAUGAAGAAAGCCUGGAGCGAGGCUUACAACCACCUGGUGGCGGCCAUCAAGCGAGAGAUGAAGCCGGAUGCCUAG